AUGCACAACCAUAACUUUGGGAGACGCGUCGUGGACACCGGCAAGUACGACUACGACAUCGUGGUGGUCGGUGAGCCGCCGUAUGCCGAGAUAGCGGGCGACAACCUGAACCUGACAAUCCCGGAUCCCGGCCCGGCCGUGAUCCAGACCGUGUGGGAGAGUGUCAAGUGCGUGGUGGUGCUCAUCUCCGGAAGGCCGCUGGUGGUCGAGCCGUACGUCGGCGCCAUGGACACGUUCUUGGCCGUGUGGCUGCCUGCCUCGGAGGGUCAGGGUGUUGCCGACGUGCUGUUCAGUGACUACAGGUUCACCGGGAAGCUGCCGCGGAUGUACUUCAGGUUGGUGGACCAGCUGCCGAUGAACGUCAGUGACGAGCACUACGACCCGCUCUUCCCCUUCGGGUUCGGGCUCACCACCGAGGCGAGGAAAUGA